AUGUCAGAACACCCAUCAAGCACGUCAAACACUUUGAAACGAAAGCAGUCUCAUGACGAUAAGCGGGCCGCUGGGCCUCCGCCCUCAUCCCUUGACGCGUGUCUAGAACCUACCGUCGAAGCCACAACAGGUGAUUUUAGCCCCCGUAUGUCCAGAACGCCAUUGGAAAGCGGAGCACGCAAACGCAAAAAACCGGAGCAAGGGAAAACAGCCACACCCACCUCUGCAAAAACCAAGGGCCCGAGAAAGAGAUCCCCAGUUGCGCCAUGGCCCGAUGUACUGAAGCGCUUGUCGCAGACCCAACGUGCACUGAACGUAGUGUACACCUUUUGCUGUACGCGGAAACACUUUGCGACCACAUUCGACAAUAUCAAGAAAGCAGUGCAGGCACAACUUGGUCAAGAUCGAGAACUUACCGUUGAAGAUGUUGCGCGGGUAAAGGCGCUAGUCCCCGAAGCGGUGCGCUUUGAGUAUGUCGACGAAACAAAAUUGGAGUUGACUGCUGGGGAGAAGGACACUGCCGACUAUGGGGUGAGCCAUCGACGCAGUCUUUGGAAAGCCGAGGAUUUGAAGGACAAUGCAACCUCGAACGAAGAAAGCCCGGGAGUCACAAGGAAUGUCCUGCUAUUCGAGUUCGUGGAUGGAGAUCUCAAGCGGGAGAUCAUAGACCCGAGGACGGGAGAACCAGUCAAACCAGUGCGCCGUAUGAGAGACGAGGAUCUGAAAAUGCCAGUCUACAGUCAAAAGCAGAUGCUGAAGCUGAUUGAAAAACGCAAUGCUAAGUUUUCUGACGCGAUUGAUGCAUUUCUGAUUCGCUGCGAAGACCAAGCCAUCGAUCCUGUGUUUCUGUUGGAACAGGAGAAAGAUUUCUAUAUUCCUUCGCCUCCUGGUAGUGGCGCUACUACCCCUGCCGCGGCAAAGGCGCCUGUGACAAUCCCCAAGGACCGUCUGCCUAUAGCUGAUAUCAUCGCGGAUAUCCGCAAGAUGGAUUGGUAUCAUGCUCAGAUCGUCCCAGAGGGUCAUCGGGUAUUUGAUGCCCAGCCUCCUGUUUAUGGUGACUUGACAUUCCGGCUGUCGCAAGAUCUUGUCAAUACCUUGUACAAUACCAAAGGCAUUACCCAGCUAUACUCCCAUCAAGCAGAAGCAAUAAAUCAUCUCUAUGAGGGUCAUAAUGUGAUUGUUUCUACUUCGACCAGCUCGGGCAAAUCACUCAUCUAUCAAAUUCCUAUGCUUCACGAGUUGGAAAAAGACCCUGAUAGCAGGGGCAUGUAUAUUUUCCCUACCAAGGCUUUGGCUCAAGACCAACGACGCAGUAUGAUGGAUCUCUUACAAUACAUGAAUGGUCUACAAGAUACCAUGGUGGAAACCUUUGAUGGUGACACGCCGAUGGAAAGUCGCAAUCUUAUCCGCGAUGAAGCACGAAUCAUAUUCACUAACCCAGACAUGCUACACAUCACAAUUCUGCCCCAGGAAAGCGCCUGGCGCACGUUCCUGAAGAAUUUGAAAUUCGUGGUUGUCGACGAGCUACAUGUCUACAAUGGCCUAUUUGGGUCCCACGUCGCGUUCAUUAUGCGACGACUUCGCAGAAUCUGCGCUGCCGUGGGCAAUCGCCAUGUCAAAUUCAUCUCGUGCUCUGCCACCGUUGCGAACCCGGAAGCGCACAUGAAAUCCGUCUUCGGUGUCCAGGAUGUGAAGCUGAUAGAUUUUGAUGGGUCCCCCUCGGGUCGGAAGGAGUUUGUCUGCUGGAACACUCCAUUCAAAGACCCGGCAGAUCCAACCUCAGGGCGUGCUGACAGUGUUGCCGAGACCGCACGUCUGUUUUGCCAGUUGGUACUCAGAGGUGUCAGAGUCAUCGCUUUCUGCCGGAUCAGAAAAAUGUGUGAAAUCUUACUACAGGCUGUCAGGAAUGAGUGCCAGGCUCUCGAACGUCCUGAGGUGGGCAAAUUGGUGAUGGGCUAUCGAGGUGGCUACAGCCCCCAGGACCGACGUUGCAUCGAGAAAGAGAUGUUCGAAGGGAAAUUGAUGGGCAUAGUGGCGACAAAUGCUCUCGAAUUGGGCGUUGACAUCGGAUCCCUGGACGCAGUAAUCACUCUGGGGUUUCCCUACUCGAUCUCCAAUCUACGUCAACAGAGUGGCCGUGCUGGACGACGCAACAAGGACUCUUUAUCAGUGUUGGUCGGGGACAGGUACCCAACUGAUCAGCAUUACAUGCAGAACCCAGAUGAAAUCUUCACUCGACCGAACUGUGAACUUCAGAUCGACCUUGCCAAUGAGCUCAUCCUGGAGGGACAUGUCCAGUGCGCUGCAUUCGAAGCGCCCAUUUUCCCAGAUGAAGAUUGUACCUAUUUCGGGGAGCAACUCUACGCCGUCGUAGCAACACGUCUUAUCAAGGAUAGUAUGGGCUUCUACCACUGCCACGAGCGCUUUCGACCCCAGCCCUCAAGAUGCGUCUCGAUCCGCGACACAGAAGAUCAGCAUUUCGCCGUCAUCGACACAACCAAUAACCGUAAUAUCGUCCUCGAGGAAGUAGAGGCCUCCCGCGCCUUCUUCACCAUCUAUGAAGGUGGGAUCUUCCUACACCAAGGCGAAACCUACCUCGUCCAAGAGCUGAACACAGAACGCCAUUUUGCACGCGUGACCCGCGUCCACGUUGACUGGAGCACCAUGCAGCGUGACUUCACCGAUAUCGACCCCAUCGAGACAGAGGCCAUGCGCUCCAUCACCGCAGAUCCGUCCGGCUGCCGCGCAUUUUUCGGAGCAGUCCAGAUCCACGCUGUCGUAUACGGGUUUUUCAAGGUGGAUAAACGUGGCCGAGUGCUCGAUGCCGUAGAGGUUGACAAUCCGCCCAUCGAUAUCCUGACCAAGGGGAUGUGGCUUGAUGUUCCAUCGCGCGCCAUCAAGAUCCUCGAAUCACACAGACUAAACAUCGCAGCCGCAAUUCACGCCGCAGAACAUGCAGUCCUCUCUCUUCUCCCUUCUUUUGUCAUCUCCUCACCCGGUGAUGUUCGCACAGAAUGCAAGGUCGCCAAAAAGGAACUUGGUCGUCCGCUCCGUCGCGCAAACGAGACUUCCAUGUCCGACAAAAGGGAACUUCAGAAACUCCUCCAACCGCCGUCCCGGCAACGGCCCGCUCGUCUCACGUUUUACGAUGCGAAGGGUGGGUCGUGUGGGUCCGGUAUUGCAAGUAAAGCAUUCGAAUUCAUUGGCUUACUCCUUCGACGUGCCGUUGCACGCAUCGAGGCAUGCGCCUGUCUCUCGCCGCAAGGCUGUGUGGAAUGUGUAUGUGACGAGCGCUGCAAGGAAAUGAACUUAAUCAUGAGCAAAGCCGGCGCGGGUGUGAUUUUGCGAUGCUUACUUGGCUGGGAGGUGGAGGUAGACAAUUUACCAUGGGGUGAGGAUGUUGACGGCCACGACUUCGGCGUUGGGGGUGGCGAGUUAGCGGGUGGGUAUGAGACGGUCGUCUUGCCCAACGAAGUUCCGUGGAAGGCCGGAUGUAGCCCUGGCGAAAGGCACAUCUGA